UUCAAAAAUGCAAGCCAUCCCAAAAGAAAGGUUGAACCGCGGUGCUUGGGUUCCUAGAGCGUGGAAAGGAAAUGCUAGAGAUAUGAUUUAUAUGCGUACUUCCGUUUUAGGUGCCGAUCACCUUGCAGCUCUGGUCACAUUUCUGGCCAUGGGUAUUCUAUUCUGGCUGGGAGAAAGAGGCAAUCUUUUGUGGAUGGGCGCAUGUGGUGGUAGGACGAGUAGGAAAGGCUUAGACAAACCUCACUAUAUGCAGUGGCUGCCUCGUUCUUUGUUGGUGCUGGCAUGCAAAGGAACGGAAGCCUAUGUCGAUAUGCGCGGGUGUAUCCGGCUUUCAUUUUGUUGCAAGCAUCCUGCAAACAAUGUACUGUGAUAUUCAAAAGCCUCUCCACCCCCUACUCCAUGUCCGUCCCUGGCCAUUACUGAAAACAUAGCUCUGACGUGCUAUAGUGCGGCAACGACAAUGGUGUUCCAAGCCCUGUGCUGAAUCUUCAUGACAGCACUGAUCUGUGCUGCUCGAACUCAAUGCCCUAUUCGUGGACCCCUCCGUGGUGAGCAGCUGGUCUGCAUGCUCCAAGACCAGCUAGGACAGAUCAUUCGCCCGCUGUCCUGAAAUAGCAUUGGCAAGGGGAUUGUCAGGAGGCUAACGUCGUGGAUGUGCAACAUCGAGGCAGUGUGAGGGAGCAUAAACAGAUUUCAGAGUGGUCCAGGUGCUGUGUUUUUUCUGGCGAGCCGGAUAAAAUAUCAGUCACUCUGCUCGCAGCUGCCUUGGUUUCAGGUCUGGUUUGAGGGGUUGGCAGCCUGGCGGUCUUGCCGGACUGUCCUUGCGCCCCCUGAAAAGGCGAUUUCGGACUUACCGA